UUCAUUGUACCGUGUGAGUUUUGCCGCAAAGCAAAUAGAAUCGAUACCCUUUUAAAACGUAUUGCUAAGAAGCGAUGGAAGAGACAACGAUGUAGUAAUUUGCUGUUCGUUCUUAUUAGCUGUGUCUCGAUUUAGUGCGUGUGUGUUUUGUUAUGUUUAGCAUUAUUUUCUAUUUUCAUCGCCGCACCCACCGUAUUCAUUUUUUAUUGUGGGCUAGCUAGCUACCAAACUGUGCUGGGAGCUAAUGUUGGCUGUGGAGCCGGGCAGCAGGUGUAACGUUAUUUGAAUAACACACAGCGACCAGCUGCGAAAAAAGCUUAACUUGCCACGACGCUGGAUUUAAAUUAUAUUUGCGGGUAUUGCUGAUGCUGACUCGCUCCCAGAUUUCUUCAUUAGCCUGUAGCAUAUUGGUUAGUUAACCUGGUAGCGUACGACAGUCAUCAUGACAGGUGAGAAGAUACGCACCAUGCGAAAGGACCACAACAAACCAAACAAAAAUGACGAGAUAAUGGACACGUACGAUGAGACCUCAAACGGGACUAUCCCUAACGGUACCAGUAACCAUUUCAAGUCCAACAAGGCUUUUCAAAAAUCGGCCAAAACCUCCGUACUGCAGCAGCAACAGCAGCUCAAUGCAAACAACAUUAACGGCAAUCCAUCAUCAAUUGGCACAAUUGUCAAUGAUAAUAAUAAGAAUCCAAUAAUCUUGACAAGUGAGGACUUGGAGUUCCCUGUUCAUGAAUGCGUGUUCAAGGGGGAUGUGCGUCGGCUCUCCUCUCUCAUCAGGACCCAUAGCAUCUCUCAGAAAGAUGUACAUGGGAACACGCCUCUUCACCUGGCUGUGAUGCUGGGCCACAGAGAAUGUGCCCUCCUUCUGCUGGCCCAUAAUGCACCUGUAAAGAUAAAGAACGCACAGGGAUGGAGUCCUCUAGCAGAAGCCAUCAGCUACGGCGACAGGCAAAUGAUCACAGCAAUACUGCGGAAGUUAAAGCAGCAAUCCAGGGAGAGUGUGGAGGAUAAAAGGCCAAAAUUACUGAAGGCUCUCAGGGAGCUUGGUGACUUUUAUCUGGAGCUGCAUUGGGAUUUUCAGAGCUGGGUGCCUUUGUUGUCCCGGAUGCUGCCAUCUGAUGCUUGUAAAAUCUACAAGCAGGGAAUCAAUAUUAGACUUGACACCACUCUCAUUGACUUCACUGAUAUGAAAUGUCAGCGCGGAGAUCUUAGUUUCAUUUUCAACGGUGAUGCUACACCCUCCCAGUCCUUUGUGGUUCUGGACAACGAAGCGAAAGUGUACCAAAGAAUACACCACGAGGAGUCAGAGAUGGAGACUGAAGAAGAGGUGGAUAUUCUGAUGAGCAGUGACGUCUACUCCGCUACUCUGUCAACCAAGUCCAUCACUUUCUCCCGUAGUCAGAUCGGCUGGCUCUUCAGAGAGGAUAAAACAGAGAGAGUAGGAAACUUCCUGGCUGACUUCUAUGCAGUAAACGGUCUGAUGCUAGAGUCGAGGAAACGGCGAGAGCACCUCAGUGAGGAGGACAUCCUGAGGAACAAAGCCAUUAUGGAGAGCUUGAGUAAAGGAGGCAGUAUCAGUGAACAGAACUUUGAGCCUGUGAGGAGGCAGUCCCUCACAGCUCCAGCCCCCAACACAAUUUCCUGGGAAGAGUACAUCACUGCAGAGCACGGAAAGCCACCUCAUCUUGGGAGAGAGCUUGUGUGCAAGGAAAGCAAGAAGAACUUCAAAGCCACUGUUGCCAUGAGCCAGGAUUUUCCUCUAGGCAUUGAGUCGUUACUAAAUGUGUUGGAGGUCAUAGCCCCGUUCAAGCACUUCAACAAACUCCGAGAGUUUGUUCAGAUGAAGCUUCCGCCUGGGUUUCCAGUCAAACUCGACAUCCCCGUCUUCCCCACGAUCACAGCAACUGUCACCUUUCAGGAAUUUCGCUACGACGAAUUUGAAGAGUCGACUUUCUUCAUCCCUGCUGAAUACAAAGAAGAUCCCAGUCGCUUCCCAGACCUCUGACCAGUAAACGCAACUGACCUGAUCAACAGGAAAUGACCAGCGAGUAAAUAUGUUGGGGAAACACAAAUGAGGAAUCUUGCAUUGUUUAUUUCCUAUAUUUCUCCAUUUAAAAGAAAA